AUGAAAUUUUCACAUUCUUUGCAAUUUAAUGCUGUUCCUGAGUGGAGCAGUAGGUAUAUUGCCUAUUCACAACUAAAAAAAUUAAUUUAUUCUUUACAAAAAGAUAAGUUGUAUUAUGACUCAGGUACUGCAACAACAGCCAGUAAUUCUGAUUUAGAAUCCACUCCAUUAAUCCACAAUAACAAUAAUCCUGCUGAUACUUCUAAAUUUGACCCUAUAAAAACUUUUGUCACUGCUUUGGACCGUGAACUAACCAAAAUUGACAGAUUUUAUACCGCUCAAGAACUACUUUUAAUUGAUCAAUUUGAUGAUUUAUUACAAUCUUUUACUGAAUACGUUAAUUCAGAAAAAAUAUACAAUGUUCAUACGACUUCUUCAAAUGGUGAUAACAAUUCGUUAAUUUAUGGUUCAAAUGUAAAUGAUGAGGGACAAAACGAUAUUCCGCAACGAGGCAGAUCUUCCUCUUCUCCACCAGAAAUUGGACAGGAUGACAGUAAUAUCGAACGUUUAUUAUCUGAAGAUGAUGAAGACGAAUAUGAUGCCUAUGAUAAUGGUAGUCUAACUUCUUUAAAUAGACGUAACAGCAAUACUAGCAAUAGAAAGUACGGUAAUACUCUAGGUAACAGUAUUAUUGCCUCUGUUCACGAUAUGUUGAUUAACCCAGUUAUCUCUAAAAUUAAUUCGUCAUCCACUCUAAAUGACUAUCAACAAGGUUAUUUAGAACACAAAGUUACAUUAAAAAAGAAAAUAAUUUCAAUGUUUACUCAAUUAAGUGAAUUGAAAAGCUAUAUCGAAUUGAAUCAAACUGGGUUUUCCAAAAUUUGUAAGAAAUUUGAUAAAAGUUUGGAAACUAAUAUAAAACUGAACUAUCUAACCAAGUUGCCCCUGGAAUCACACAUUUUUGACCCAAACACUCUAAAAAAAUUAGACAAUUUGAUUAAUCAGACAAUUGUAAUGUAUGCAAAGUUACUUAGUGGCGAUCUAAAUAAUUCUGAAGAUCCCUAUAAAAAUGAUAGUUCGAUAAACUUUCAAGAGGCUGAAAAUGAAUUAAGUUUACAUCUAAGGGAGCAUGUUGUUUGGGAAAGAAAUACUGUUUGGAAAGAUAUGAUGAACUUGGAAAGAAAAUCACAGAACAUCAAAGUUGCCAAAAAGAAAAGUUUUAACCGUAAUAAGAAAAAAAUUACGAAAAAAAAAUCAGAGCUUAAUCAGAGUAAUAACAGCAGAAAAAGUUCUAACAGUACCCCCAGCGAUUACGCUAGCACUGAUGGAAGAGUAACAGAAAACCAGGUUGAACAGGAAUUGGGUCAAUUAGCAGAAAUGGACAAUAACUCCUUGUCUUUGGCCAACAGUGAUGAAGAAAGUUCUGCCAUUGAUAAUAUCGUUACUUUCAGAGAUUUAUUUAAAAUUUCCCCCUGGAAGUUCAUUAAAUUUUUCAUUUUGUACAAUACUCCCUUGUUGAAAUUCAUUUUCAUCUCGUCUAUCGCAACCAUUUUUUAUUUUAAAUCGCCAUUUAGUGAUAUUCAACAAAAGAAUUGUUUGGUCAUUUUAGUAUUUGCAUCUCUAUUAUGGGCGACUGAAACUAUCCCUCUUUUCAUUACUGCUCUACUAGUUCCCUUAUUGAUCGUUGUUAUGCCAGUUUUGAAAAACGCUAGCACCAAUGAACCUUUAACUCCGGUCCAAUCUUCUCAGUAUAUUUUAUCCACCAUGUGGUCAUCUGUUAUUAUGCUAUUAUUGGGUGGUUUCACUUUAGCCGCAGCCUUGUCAAAGUAUAACAUUGCCAAAGUUUUGUCCACCCACAUCUUAUCACGUGCGGGUACUAAUCCAAAGAUCAUUUUAUUGACAAAUAUGCUGGUUGCGUUGUUCGUUUCGAUGUGGGUUUCCAAUGUAGCUGCACCAGUUUUAUGCUACUCUAUCAUCCAACCACUAUUAAGAACGUUGCCCAAACACUCAUCUUUCGCCAAAUCUCUAAUUUUGGGUAUUGCUCUGGCCAGUAAUGUUGGUGGUAUGGCGUCUCCAAUUGCUUCCCCACAAAACAUCAUUUCCAUCGGCAUUAUGUCACCAACGCCUUCAUGGGCCACCUGGUUUAUUGUGGCACUACCGGUUUGUGCCUUUUCCAUAGCUGGUAUCUGGCUUUUGUUGCUAUUAACUUUCCCGAUCGAUGCAAAUUUGAAAAUAUUGAAAUUUCACCCAAUUAGAGAUCCUUUCACUUUAAAACAAUGGUAUGUGGUACUGGUCACUGUUGUUACAAUUAUUCUGUGGUGUUUAGCUAAUGCUCUAACAGAAGUGUUUGGUGAAAUGGGUAUUAUUUCUAUAUUACCAAUGGCUUUAUUAUUUGGUACUGGUUUAUUAAGUAGUGAUGACUUUAACAAUUUCAUGUGGACUAUUGUUAUCUUGGCUAUGGGAGGAACCACUUUAGGUAAAGCUGUCAGUAGUUCUGGGUUAUUAAGCAGUAUUGCCGAAACUUUAAAAACUUCUGUUGAAACAAAACCUGUUUUUACUAUCGUUUUGCUAUUUGGGUUAGUUGUUGUUACCAUGGCCACUUUUGUUUCUCAUACUGUUGCUGCCAUGAUUAUAUUACCAUUAAUGAAAGAGCUAGGUGAAAAGCUACCUUCUGGCAACCAUUCUAAUUUAUUGAUUAUGGUCAGCACUUUAUUGUGUAGCGGUGCUAUGGCUCUACCAACGUCAGGUUUCCCCAAUGUCACAGCCAUUUCUAUGAUUGAUGAUUUUGGCGAAAGAUAUUUAACUGUGGGUAAUUUCAUUACAAGAGGUGUUCCAGCUACCUUGUGGAGUUAUUUAAUGAUUGUAAUAGUUGGAUAUGGAUUAAUGAGGUUUGUUGGAUAUUGA